AUGCUUAAAUUACAUCGCACCUGGGAAACGAGGCCCAUCCCCGUACAUCUCAAUGUUCUCACCGCUAAGGACAAGGCAUUGGUCAGGGCCUUCUGGGCCAAGUUGUCCGGCAAGGCUGAGGACGUCGGAUGCGAUGCUCUUUCUAGAAUGCUGGUGGUGUACCCCCAGACCAAGACAUACUUCUCCCACUGGCCGGACCUGAGCCCCGGUUCUGCCCCGGUCAGGAAGCAUGGUAAGACCAUCAUGGGAGGCGUCGGUGAAGCCGUGGCCAAGAUCGACGACCUCACCGCAGGUCUCCUCACCCUCAGCGAGCUGCACGCCUUCCAGCUGCGUAUAGAUCCAGCCAACUUCAAGAUCCUGUCCCAUAACAUAUUGGUGAUGCUGGCCAUUUUGUUCCCCGCUGACUUCACUCCAGAGGUUCAUGUGUUCGUGGACAAGUUCCUGGCCGCCCUGGCUCUGGCCGAAAAGUACAGAUAAACUGUGGGGCAUCAUCAGACCAGACAUAUGGCAGCAUGUG